CGAUUUCUCUCUUCCCUCUCUCAGUACUUUCUUAUCUUUUUCCUGCUGUUCGUGGUGCUCUUCCUGGGCACCGUUUUGGGCUACAUUUUCCGCGAUCGUGCCACGGAAUCGUUCCGGGAAAUCCUCUAUGACUCGAUGUCGUUGUAUGGUCGGCGCCGAAUGAUGACCAUUUCGUGGGACAUGACCCAAGAGGAGCUGCAGUGCUGCGGUGUGGAAAGUUUCGUCGAUUGGCGCGAUCGGAUUCCGGACUCGUGCUGCCAGGAUGAUUACGGUGGCCGGAAGCGACCCUGCCAGGAGCUGCAGACUUCGCUGACGAUCUUCAAGGAUGGAUGUUACGAUGCGGUGUCCAAGGAACUGCUGAUGAAUGCGGGGCUGCUUGGGGUGGCCAGUGUGGGACUGGCUUUUGCGAUGGUUCCCGCCAUGGUGAUGGCUUACUAUCUGCUGGCGGUACUUUGAAAAAGGCUGAGAAGUGAUGACAAAGCUGACGAGGCAAAUUACACAUGGACAAUUUGGCGCAAAGCUUACGAUACCUAUUUGGAGAGGUUGCGUGUUAGUAUUACCAAUGUGUUCUCGAUGUUAUGUGAA